UUUGCAUUAUGUAUCCUAGAAAUCUAGAAUAUUUUAACCAUUAAACAAUAUUCUGAUGAAAAAGAUACAUUUUGUUUAGUUAUUGCAUGCAUGUGGAAAGAUUGGGUGAGGCGCAUUAACUCAUAUUCAGUAUUUCAUCAAUACAACGAAGAUCCGCCUCAGGAAAUUGCAGCUCAAUAUGUUAUCAGAUUGAAGGCUAAUAUACGUACAGUAGCCUUAUUUGACAGUCAGCAUUUGAACUAAUGAGACAUGGCUAUGACAUACUCCAAUAAUAUGACGUACUCCAACAGUACACCUGAAGACUACUCUGAAUAUAAUCUAAUCCAAGAUUCAGAUUCCCGAUUCCAGCUCUGCAACAACAACAAUGUAAUGACCUUUAGCCAAGUCAUCCUUCCUUCCCUCUACAGCAUUGUCUUCAUUGUGGGAUUCAUUGGAAAUGGCCUGGUGCUGUGUGUCCUUGUCAAGUACCACAACAGGUCAAAUGUGACAGAUGUGUGCCUCUUCAACCUGGCCCUUUCAGACCUCCUCUUCCUAAUCUCAUUGCCUUUCUGGGCUCACUAUGCUGCCAUCUCUGAGUGGACUUUUGGGGGCUUCAUGUGUCAUGCAGUGACAGCGCUCUACAUGAUGGGAUUCUAUGGAAGUAUCUUCUUCAUGAUCCUCAUGACUGUAGACCGCUAUGCCGUCAUUGUCCGUGCCCAUAACUCUCUCUUCUCCAAGCACCGGUCUGUCAGAGCUGGCAUAGCUGUGGCUUUGUUUAUGUGGGCACUUAGCUUGGGAGCUUCUCUGCCAACCAUCAUUUUCUCCAAAGUGAAGAAUGAAUCAGAUGGUAGUACAUGCAAGGUGGAAUAUCCACAAGGGACAGCAUGGGAGUCCUUCUCUUACAUUAAGCUGAACAUCGUCAGCUUGAUUUUUCCUCUCUUGGUGAUGGUGUUUUGCUACUCGCGUAUCAUCCCAGUCUUAAUGGCCAUGAAGUCUCAGAAGAAACACAAAGCUGUCAAGCUCAUACUUGUCUUGAUCAUUAUUUUCUUCCUCUUCUGGACGCCCUACAACAUCGUCAUCUUCCUGAAGUUCCUGCACAAAUUGGGCUACAUGAACACCUGUCAGUGGGAACAGGACCGGCAUAUGGCUAUGCAGUGGGUGGAAACCAUAGCGUUCAGUCACUGCUGCCUCAACCCCAUAAUCUAUGCCUUUGUGGGGCAGAAAUUCAGAAAUUUAGUUCUCAAGAUUCUGAAAGAGUGGUUUCCUGUUUGCUUUGGUCAGUGCACAACAAUCGUCAGUGAGUUCUCAGACAGAAGGAGCUCUAUUUACUCACGCUCCUCAGAGAUAUCCACGACAAAGAUUAUGUAGUCACCGGCUGCUGAUGGCAAUGGGGUUUAAUCAGAGAUAAAGCCAAAACCUGCAGAUUUGCUCAGCAAUGCACAGCAUUACUGGUGCAACGCUUUCGAAUUUUCUAAAAGUAUGUCAUUGCGUUUAUUCAAUUUAGCUUCUUUUGGGAUUCUGUUUUGGUCACAUAAAAUUGUUUUACUAUACCUUUAUUGUUAGUUAUGCACAGCUUAUGCGUAUGUUUAGAAUUGCAGCUCAAUUUAAAACUAUUACUGCAUGGUUUGCUUACAGCAUAACAGGUAUUACAUACAAUGUCUUUACUGAGCAGCUGAAUUAUGUUGAAAAUGUAAUUAAACAUUAAGUGUUUACCCAAUGCUCCUAUUGUAUUAGUAAUUUACUAAUCCCAGUAUCUGUUCUGUUUAAUAAAUUGACUCGCUUACAGUUCAUGUAUUCUCACAAGACUUUUAGGAACUUAACCCUUUUAAGAACUUUCAGAAAGCAAGAGAAGUCUCUGUGUGGGAGAGUAAUGUGAGAAAAGUGGUAGAGAAACGGUGUGCAUUUAAGACAACAACACAAAGGCACUGAAUGACUUAAACCUUGGCCAAAACAAAGCUGCCACAGUUGGGUCCAUGAGAAAGCUCCUCAAGCCUCAAAUGCUCAGAUGUUUCCUGUCUCAGUAGAAAGUCCUCGGAUUAAAAAAAUCCCAUUAGCCAAUGUAUAUGCAACACUGUCCUAUUUCUUACAACCAGGUUAAUGUCACCCUACAUAACAAAUAGGUUUGCAACCUUAAUACUAAUUAAAGUCAUCUCACUGAAUUAUUUGUUCUGUACCAAAUUAGAACAAACAACUAUGGUGUCACAUGUUCAGCGACAGCUACAGAAACAAUGCUCUCUAACACUUUAGAUCACGAUGAUGGUCAGAUAGAGGCAGGAUCCUCUACAGCACAUGAAGUGUAUGAGCAAGAACCAGCUGUUAAUGAAGGAGAGGAAGUUAUUGCAAACAUAGCUACUAUGCAAUAUCCUACAGAGCAUUUCACUUCAGGUGCAAUGAGAGCUACAUUUCAAUGUGUUGCUGUGUAGGCAUAGCACAUCCUGUCAACCAGAUAUGGUAUAUCCCAGAAAUGCUGAGGGAUCGUUCUCUGGAAAUAUGUGUCUUGAGUACCCUUGGAAAAAAAUCAGACAACAUUCAGUCACAGAGUUCCACACGACAAGCAUGGUGAGA